AUGGAGAACUCAAUCAUGUUAUGGUGUUUGAUCGUCAUAGCUAUAAUAAUCGUGGCGUUUGUAUCCAGUUUUGUCGGAAGGCUCUUCCGGUUCUUGAAACCUCGUGAGGAAACAGGAGCUGGUAUUUUGGAGAAGAAAGAUCCAGCGAAAGAAGAAGAUGGUAAGAGCAAGGCUAACGAGAAGAAAGUUCCAGUGAAAGAAGACGAUAAGAGCAAGGCUAACGAGAAGGAACGCGGUGAUAACCUCGUGUGA